AUGGCGGACCUAGAGAAGGAGCUCUGUGUGGUGAGUGCUGCCGGGCUCCUGCCUGACCUGCUCCGCUCCCACCAGGUGGACAUCAUGCAGAUGUGCGUAGUGGAGCUGAAGGACAGACCGGGCAAGCCUCUCUUCCACCUGGAGCACUAUAUCGAGGGCAAGUACAUCAAGUACAACUCCAACUCAGGCUUUGUUCGUGAUGACAACAUGCGCCUGACACCACAGGCCUUCAGCCACUUCACAUUUGAGCGCUCCGGGCAUCAGCUGAUUGUGGUAGACAUCCAGGGUGUGGGCGACCUCUACACUGACCCGCAGAUCCACACCGAGAAGGGCACUGACUUUGGAGAUGGCAACCUAGGUGUCCGGGGGAUGGCGCUCUUCUUCUAUUCUCAUGCCUGCAACCGGAUUUGCAAGAGCAUGGGCCUCGCUCCCUUUGACCUCUCGCCAAGAGAGAGGGACGCCGUGAAUCAGAACACCAAGCUGCUGCAAUCGGCCAAGACCAUCUUGAGGGGGACAGAGGAAAAGUGUGGGAGCCCCCGAGUAAGAACCCUCUCUGGGAGUCGCCCCCCCCUGCUCCUUCGCCUUUCAGAGAACUCUGGAGAUGAGAACAUGAGUGAUGUGACCUUUGACUCUCUCCCUUCCUCCCCGUCUUCGGCCACACCACACAGCCAGAAACUGGACCACCUCCAAUGGCCUGUGUUCAGCGACCUUGACAACAUGGCACCCCGAGAACACGACCAUCUGGACAACCACCGGGACUCCGAAAACAGUGGAGACAGUGGAUACCCCAGUGAGAAGCGGGGUGAUCUGGAUGACCCAGAGCCCCGCGAACAUGGCCACUCAAACGGUAACCGGAGGUACGAGUCAGACGAAGACAGCCUGGGCAGCUCCGGACGGGUCUGCGUGGAGAAAUGGAAUCUCCUCAACCCCUCCCGCUUCCACCUGCCGAGACCUUCCGCCGUGGCCCUGGAAGUGCAGAGGCUUAAUGCUCUGGACCUUGAGAAGAAAAUCGGGAAGUCCAUCCUGGGGAAGGUGCAUCUGGCCAUGGUGCGCUACCACGAGGGCGGGCGCUUCUGCGAGAAGGGCGAGGAGUGGGACCGCAAGUCGGCUGUCUUCCACCUGGAGCACGCAGCUGACCUGGGCGAGCUGGAGGCCAUCGUGGGCCUGGGGCUCAUGUGCUCACAGCUGCCCCACCACAUCCUGGCCGACGUCUCUCUGAAGGAGACAGAAGAGAAUAAAACCAAAGGAUUCGAAUGCUUACUGAAGGCAGCUGAAGCUGGCGACAGACAGUCCAUGAUCCUGGUGGCUCGGGCUUUUGACACGGGCCAGAACCUCAGCCCAGACAGGUCCCAAGACUGGCCAGAGGCUCUAUACUGGUACAACACAGCCCUGGAGAUGACAGACUGUGAUGAGGGCGGUGAGUAUGAUGGGAUGCAAGAUGAGCCUCGGUACACGCUGCUGGCCAGGGAGGCUGAGAUGCUGUUCACCGGCGGCUGCGGGCUAGAGAAGGACCCGCAGAGAUCAGGCGACUUGUACACACAGGCAGCCGAGGCCGCGAUGGAAGCCAUGAAAGGCCGGCUGGCCAACCAGUACUACCAGAAGGCGGAGGAGGCCUGGGCGCAGAUGGAGGAGUAGCUUGCCAGGAAAAUCACUGCUGGCCAGUCCCAAGCAAAAGGGCUAAGACGU